CUUCUUUCCCAACUUCCCUCGCCUCUGUUUCCCUCCCCUGCGCAUCCCUUUCAGAUUGAUAUCCCCUUUCCGACCUAGUAUCUAUUCCCUUAGAUCGGUUUGGGACUAGUUACUUUGUUCGAUCAACCGACCCUUUUUUACCCCAGUUAUCUUAUUGGUCCACACCCGCUAUUCGGAUGCUGCACCUUAACCGUCAACCUUAGCAUCCGGUAUGCGAUCCCGCACAGGCUGUUUGACGUGUCGUACUCGAAAAUUAAAGUGUGAUGAGCAAAAGCCUGAGUGUUCGCAGUGUCGCAAAGGCGGCCGGGAAUGCCGCCCGAGUGAAGGGAUCGUUUUCCGUCAUCAGCAAAAUGCCUCGAUGAAUAAGGACCUCGACGAUCCUACGGGUGGGCGGGGAACCCUGAAAGGCUUCUACUCGUACAAGAACACCUUUGAUGAAGAUAGCGUAUGGCUGGAUAUUCCGAAACAUGUGAUCUUUGUCGACAACUCGGACCCAUAUGUAGAAGACCUCGAGGCGGCCUUAGGGGAAUCUGAGGCUGCUCUCCUCGCCGCCAAUGCACAGAAUCGAGAGUGGAGCGACCACCGGACCUUAUCGGUGGACGGAGAGACCCCUGGCCUGAAAGCGCCAUCCGCUGCGGCCGUCCACGACCGAUUACCCUAUACUCCCCUAUCCAUCGACCCGCAGCCUCUGCCAACUCCCGAUAGUGGCGUAUCGUUCAAUGCAUCGACUGUGACUACUGGCCCCUCUCCGAAUCAGGCGUGCAAUGUGAUCCCGGGCCAACCAUCUCCAUCAGUCUCUAUGUCGCCUUCUAACAGCACCAAUAAUAAUAUCAACUUCCUUCUUAAUCCUUCUCAGUCGCUUUCCCCACAAAUGGACCCUAAUAUGCAGCAUGCAACGGCGCGUAGAAGCUCUUCACUGACAUCGAGGUCGAUCGCCUCGCGAGCCGCGGGUGCUGGUGAUCCCAAGUCCGAUGUACCGGUGGAGACAGACCAUGAAAUUAUGUUUCUUCUUAGACAUUUCUCCGAGUCGCCGGGGCUUUGGAUGGAUUUGUUUGAUCUAGGAACGUAUUUCGCAUCAUACGUCCCGGUAAAGGCGCGGACAAAUCCCCUACUGAGAUACGCCGCCUGUGCGUACGCCGCGAAGCAGUUGGGCCGCGUCAAAAAGACGAAUCCCACGGCCUGCGAGGCCUUCACGCUGGCUCUCAUGAGACGAUGGCCGGAGGCGAAAAACGUAGACUGGAUCUGGCGUGGCGCCAAGUAUUAUGAGAAAGCGAUCCAACUUCUCAUGAAGGAAUUGCAGCCCAACAAAGGUCCCCCACCCCUAAGCACCCCCGAAGCAUUUGGUCAGUGGCAGGCGGCGGAGCUAAGUGAAGGCAACGAUCCUAAUAACCCACGAAAGCGUAGAAGGCGUUACUCAGAGAGCCGAUUUUCAAAUGGGGUUCGCUCGGACGAAGUUCUUGCUGCAACGGCCAUUCUGUCGGUGUAUGAGUUUCUCGAUGCUACGGGUCCCGCAUGGAAUCGACAUCUGAGUGGCGUCAAAUCCUUGUUGGAUGUGGCAGAGGUUGGCAUGAUGCCCCUUGAGCAACACCCUUCUCCUGGAGAAGCCCUACCACAACCAUUGAAGAGACCCGGUCUCUCUAAGGCGAGAAGAGCCACAUUUUGGAAUUUUGCUCGGCAAGAUUAUCUGGCUGCUUUCAUCAAUGAAUGUAACACGAGGUUGAAUACCGAUGACCUGGUACUCUGGACUGAAGCUGGCCUUCAAAUAGAUAAUAUGGGCUUCAUAGUUCCUAGUAAUACAUACGCACCUGGUUACCCUGAAGGCGAGGAUGCGAUGAAAGAAGAUCUUAUCGGAAAUGGCCUCAUAUGGAUUCUUUCCAAAAUUAUCAAUUUCAUCAGCGCGGGUGAUAAGGUACAGUUGGAGACCGGCCCGGUCAACACGGGCCCUCUGGGCCUCUCACAGCAGGUUCUGCUUGAGCGAUGGUAUCGCCUGGAAACCGAGCUAGACGUUUGGUACAACGGCCUCCCAGACACCUUCCGGCCCUGUGCCCGGCUGGAGCACCCUUUGCGCCAAGAUGGCGAUGGUGACAGCGGCUCUUUGUCAGAGAUCUGGUACAGUAUUCCCGUGUGCUCGUCAGCUAUGCAACAUUACCACAUGGCCCGUAUUCUUCUUCUCAUCAAUAAGCCGCAUGAGUCCACGAGUAUGCGGAGUACGAUCUCCAACAGACUCAAUUCAUAUCGUUCCAUCGAGAGCGAGAUCCGAUUUCAUAGUCGUGAAAUUGUAGGCAUCUCAAUGGCUCACCCGGAAGGCUCGGUGCGAAUCAACUCUCUUCAGCCGUUGUUUGUUAGCGGCCAAUGUCUCACCGACCCUGGCGAACGCCAGAUGGCCCUGCAAUUGUUGCGAGGCAUUGAGCUUGACCUUGGCUGGGCGACCGAGUAUCGCGUAAAGCAACUACUCCGGGAGUGGGGUUGGAACGAGCAACCUGAUGUUGGAGUUCCUUGAUAUCCCCUUGGCUCUUGUUGCUCAUUCAAUCUCCAGCUCUAUCGAGACCCAAGAGGGGUUGCGAGCCUUGGGUAUUAUCGAUCGGGCCCUGCGCUGCCACUGAUCACAAUUGAUGAUCAUAUAUGCGGCUUUAGAUCGGUCGUCCA